AAACGACGCUAUGCAUGAUUAGUUUGGAUAUUGCGUUCAACAGUUAUAGACGUGUAAACAUGGAGUUCACUAACGCCGAAAUUCGCGCUAUUUUAAAGUUUUCCUUCGUUAAAGGCAAAUCCGCUAGAGAAACGUUCCGUGAGAUUAAUGUUGUUUUGGGGGAUGGUACUCUAUCACUUCGAACUGCGGACGAAUGGUUUCGACGAUUCAGAGCGGGUGAAAACGACACCAUGGAUAAGCCAGCCGGCGGAAGACCUGUGACGACGAAUACCGAUCAAAUCAUGGAAAACAUCGUGUUAGACCGGCAUGUGGCAUCUCGUGACAUCGCCCAGAAGAUGGAAGUUAGUCACCAAACCAUUUUAAACCAUCUGCAGAAGGCUGGAUACACAAAAAAGCUUGAUGUUUGGGUGCCGCAUGAUUUGACGCAAAAAAAACUUCUGGACCAAAUCAACGCCUGCGAUAUGCUGCUGAAACGGAAUGAACUCGACCCAUUUUUGAAGUGGAUAGUGACUGGCGACGAAAAAUGGAUCACAUACGACAAUAUUAAGCGGAAACGGUCGUGGUCGAAGGCCGGUGAAUCAGCCCAAACAGUGACCAAGCCGGGAUUGACGGCCAGGAAGGUUUUGCUGUAUGUUUGGUGGGAUUAGAAGGGAAUCAUCCACUAUGAGCUGCUCCCAAAUGGUCAGACGCUUAAUUCUACCAUCUACUGCGAACAACUGGACCGCUUGAGGCAGGCAAUCGACCAUAAGCGUCCACAAUUGGCCAAUUGGAAGGGUGUAGUGUUCCACCAGGACAACGCCAGACCACACACUUCGUUGAUGACUCGUCAGGAGCUACGGGAGCUCGGUUGGAAACCAUUUUUAUUUGACAAUAUAUCUUCACGAAAUUUGGCAUGGAUUAUUUUCCAAGCCAAGUCAAUCUCCGUAGGAAUUGUUUGGAUCGAACCAUUGUAUAAUUAUUAUCUUUUCUGCCAUGGCCACAAUUAUUGGAAAAAAAUAGAUAGAUGUUAAUUUCGGGGUUCUGUAUAAGGUGAGGCAGGCUUUUAAAGGCUUUUCUUAUGGAGGCUAGCUUCAAACCAAUCUAAAAUUGAUUUUGAAUAAGUGAGAAAUACAUUUUACUCCGGAGCGCUCGAAAACACUCCAGCUCUGAAAGUAUUCGACGCAGUACCCGCCGGGGAAAGCAGAGGAAGAGGAAGACAUGCACUUCGUUGGAAGAACCAGGUGGAGAAGGACCUUGCUUCGCUUGGAAUAUCCAAUUGGCGCCACAUAGCGAAAAGAAGAAACGACUGGUGCGCUGUUGUUGACUCGGCUAUAAUCGCGAAAGCGGUGUCUACGCCAGUAAAGAACAAGAAGAAGCAUUUCACAAAAAAAAAAAUUUAAACAUUAUGAUCCAACGAUAACAUUUCUAUAACAGUACGCUCAAAUCCUUUAGGCAGUAGCUACAAAAAAAGCAUAACUGUUAAAUACUUAUGUACAUACAUACAUACGUGUUACUAUAUGAUUGUCAUAUAAUAAUUGACUUGAGUUUUUGUAUUUAUUAUUUUUCAACAAACAAAAUUUAUUUCGCUUUUUGUCCACCGAACUGCAACAAAAUUUUACGCUUAUGACUUUGGCAAAACGGAAAUAAUAAAAUCAACAAGUUUGUGCAAAGAAAUAAAAAAACAAAGAAAAAGUCAAAUAACUAAAAAAAUAAUAUAUUUAAUAAAUAAGCGAUUGAGACAAAAGGGCAGCAUUUUGGCCGGCUGUAAAUGGAUGUACAAGUGCAAAUAAGUGAAAGCGGUUCACAGUGCUGCAGCUGCCGCUGUUGGCGGCAUAACGGUGACGAGCCAGUAAACAGUUUUUUCAAAUCACAAUGGCAGAAGAGUGAGUGGUCCAUACUAUUCUUGAUAUACCGCUGGUGCUUUGCCACCUGGUUGGUGGUCACUAUGGGUUUGAGUUUGGAGCUGUUCUUCUUCGAUGGCAAAUGGUUUAUUUAUUUCACCAAUUGGGGUUACUUGCUCUGCACAUUCGUCGCGCUACUCAGCGCCAUACUAGUUACGGUCUACUGUUUCACUGCGCCAAAAACACCUUGCCCACGCUGGAUGGUGGAAUUAUACUGGCAUUUGCAUAUAUCCGCAUUUGUAUGUGCUAUCGGUCUAUCAUUUCUUUAUUGGGCAUUUAUAUAUCCAUUUUCGAAUUUUAAAGUACCCGAAGGCAUACAUCGCAUCGAAAUCAUACGGUUGUAUCGGUACUUCUUCGAUGGACCCGAUAAUCACAGUUGUCUUGCCUACUUCCACAACAUCAAUUCGCAUGCAAUCAAUUCGGUUUUAAUGAUUAUCGAUCAAGUUGUGGUGGCAUUUCCCACCCGUAUAAUACACUUCGUCUAUCCAGCGCUCAUUGUCAUCGCAUAUUUAGUAUUUUCGAUAGUAUAUUUUCUGAUAGGCGGCGAAAAUGUAAUAGGUAAACCAUAUAUAUAUAGAAUACUUAAUUGGGGCGAAUAUCCCGUGUCUUCCGCAUUAGUCGCUUGUAGCGGUUUGCUGCUUGUGGUGCCAAUGUGUGUUUUGGCAUUUCUUAUUUACAAAUUACGUGUGUGGGUGAGUUCCGGCAAAUGUCUAUCGUAAAACUUAAUUUGAACUUAAUAUUGGAAACCA